AUGUCUUCUCGUCCCAGGAAGCGCCAGGCCGAGUCUGCCCCUCCGACACCGGAGGCCAAGCCCGUCGGCAAGAAGCGAAAGACAAAGAGGUCGAAGCAUGACGACGAAGCCUACGACGUCGAGCUCGGCAUCAACAAGCUGAUCGCUCGCAUGGACAACCAGCUGCUCGCCGACCACCUCGCCCAGCAGGUGGCCAAGUUUGGAAAGGACCUGAGUUCCGUCGAGCUGUCCGACUUGACCGUCUCUGCCAGCUCGAUAUGCGAGACGACGGCGUGGGCCGAUGCGAGAACGACGGAGAAGCUCGCCGACUUUCUGGAGGAGCAUGCCGAUAAUCCGGCGAGCCUGAAAAGGGCACCCAAGAAGAACGGCGCCCCCCACACCAUCAUCGUCACCGGUGCUGGCCAGAGGGCGGCCGACGUUGCCAGGCACGAACCCCCCGAACCUCCCGGACCCGCCGGGCGUCCUUGGCCGCCUCCGCUGUGCUGCAUCUCCCGGCUGACAAGUAUGAGCAGAGUCGUUCGCAAGUUCGCCUGCGGCAAAGAUGACACCGUGGCGAAGCUGUUUGCCAAGCACAUGAAGGUCGAGGAGCAGAUCGCCUUCCUCCAGAAUCGAAAGUCCGGCAUCGGCGUCGGAACGCCGGCCCGCCUGUUCGAGCUGAUCAAGCACGGCGCCCUCUCGCUCGAGAACCUGCAACGCCUCGUCGUCGACGCCUCCCACAUCGACGGGAAGAAGCGAGGUGUCAUGGACAUGAAGGACACCCUGAUGCCGCUCGCCCGCUUGCUGGCGGCAGACGAGCUGAAGACGAGAUACGAGGAUGAGAAGAAGCCGCUGGCCUUGUUGUUCUACUAG